AUGCCUGGACGUGUUCUGCCGACGUUCACGCCUGCCGAGGUCGAGUCUCAUAACAGUGCCAAAUCCUGCUUCGUUACCAUCGGUCGCAAUGUCUACGAUGUCACGGAUUUCGUGGAGGAUCACCCAGGUGGCGGUGAUUUGAUUCUGGACUACGCGGGCAAGGAUGUGACGGAGAUCAUGGUGGAUGAGAUUUCCCACGAGCACACCGAGGCUGCCUACGAGAUUCUCCUGGACUACCAUGUUGGUUUCCUCUCCUCCGAUGCAUCCGGAAAGCCGAACGACUCGGCUGCCAACGCCGGCGAAGGCGAAGGCGAAGGGGUGGUCUACCAAACCACCGGAAUGUCGCGGGAAGAAGAUCUGUCCGUUGAGACCGACUUCUCUCAGGAUUUCAAGACCCAUAAGUUCUUGGAUCUGAGCAAGCCGCUGUUCCCUCAGCUCUGGUACAGCACCUUUUCCAAGGAAUUCUACCUGGAGCAAAUCCAUCGGCCUCGUCACUACAAAGGAGGCCAGUCGGCUCCUCUCUUCGGCAACUUUCUGGAACCCCUCAGCAAGACCGCGUGGUAUGUUGUUCCUAUCAUGUGGCUUCCCCUGGUCGCAUAUGGAACCAUGAUUGGAGCCGGGGGUUUGAAUAAUCCUUCGGCUGCUGCUGCUUAUUGGGUUGGCGGUGUUUGCCUCUGGUCCCUGAUCGAGUAUCUCAUGCAUCGCUUCCUCUUCCACGUCGAUAACUGGCUUCCUGAUAACCGAGUUGGCCUGACGCUGCACUUCCUGCUUCACGGUAUCCACCACUAUCUCCCCAUGGAUAAAUAUCGACUUGUCAUGCCGCCGACACUGUUUGUCGUACUGGCAGCUCCCUUCUGGAAGUUGGCUCAUGCGGUCUUCUUCUACAACUGGUAUGCGGCUGUGCAGGUUUUCUGUGGAGGUGUUUUCGGUUACGUCUGCUAUGAUUUGACCCACUAUUUCCUCCACCACCGCAAUCUCCCCAUGUACUACAAGGGGCUUAAGAAAUACCACCUUCAGCACCACUACGCUGACUUUGAGAACGGAUUCGGUGUCACCAGUCGGUUCUGGGACCGAGUCUUUGGCACUGAGCUGGAGACUCCCCCUCCCAAAGGUGCCAAGGCUCAGUAG